AUGGCGCGGGAGAAGCUGCUCGCCGUGUUAUUACUUGUCAGCUGUGUCACAGUAACUCUAAGCUUGCCUCAACAGUCGAAGCCCAGAAGACCCACUCCGGCAUUUAAGCCCCCCAAAACUGGCGGUCUGCUAUUGCCGGACAAUGCAACCCUCAUUCGCGAGAAUAUCGUCGACACGUUUUCGUGCCAGGACAGAAUUUACGGGUAUUAUGCCGACAUGGAGAAUGAAUGUCAAAUAUUCCAUGUGUGCAUGCCGCAAACGAGAGGUGCGAUCAGAUGGAGUUUCAUUUGUCCUGGCGAGACAGUUUUCAAUCAGGCGACAUUCGUAUGUACACGGACAGAAAGUUCGAUACCGUGUGAAGAAUCGGAAAAAUAUUAUGUUUUGAACGAGGAAAUUGGAAAAGAAGUGGAGGAAGAAGAGGAAGCGGAUCAGAACAGAGGAAAGGAAAAUGUCACGAAGGUUCUUGAAGUAGAUGCGGAAACGGUGUCUCCGAGAAAGCCGUCUCCGAGAAACGCAAGAUUAACAAACCGCGAAAGGUUAUUCCGGCAAUAACGGAUGCAUUUAUACGCUCCUCGUUUGGAAACUACGUUUGGUUUCUACUUUACUUUAUAACACAGGAUGUCGUAAUUAGCCAAAAUAAAUAAUAAAUUCUGCUUAAACAUAAAGCGAAUUUCAGCUUGCCUUUUUCGAGAUUGAUUAAAUUCAUGUAGUAGUAGUAUAAUAUGAUACUUAGAACGCAUCUAAAAUUGAGAG